GUGUUGAUAUUGUGUAGUCAUAGUAACCAGGAGUGGUAUGGUGUUGAUAUCGUGUGUAUCUAAAGAGCUAAAGGAGUGUACAUUGUGGCUUGCGGAAUUAUCGACUCUGGCAUCCCGUUGGACAUUGAUAAUCAAUAUCUUAGCCAACAAAUUCCAUGAGUAGAUCAUAUUUGAUCUGAAAAUCAUUAUUACUUACAAACCAAUGGGUAAAAAAUAAUAUCCUAUUCAUAAAGAGACUUAAUUAAGUUGCGCAAUGUACGCAUCUAACGCAACCACGGCGGUCUUGAGAACUCCCAAUAUCUAUUCUCGCGGCGACAGCACAUAUCGCGUUCUCAUAUAGGGGGUUCUCUAGUAAGCUAGCUACAUCAAAAACAAGAGCUGUCAACUUUCAAAAUCAAGUGUCAAGCCUUCCAUGUCCGAACCCAAGUCCACAGAGUCCCCGGGUUCUGGCUGUGGUGUUCCAGCCCAGAGAAGUUCACAGCAGGGUCCAGAGAUGGUGUCAUUGAAGCUGGAAGACUGCAGUCAAACACUGGAACUCAAUGUGAUUGUCAAAGAGGAGGAGGAGAGAGAAGUGAAAGAGGUUGAUCAGAGAGCUGUCAAAGAUGAAGUGAAGAUGGCAGUCAAAGAAGAGCAUGAGGAGAGAACAGUCAAAGAAGAAGAAAAAGAAGAGGAGAAUAUAAGCAUCAAAGAAGAGGUGGAGGAAAGAGCAGUGAAAGAAGAAGAGAACAAGGAAGGAGCUGCUCAACGUCUAGGAACUAAAGAAGUAGAUAGUAUCACUGACCCAGGAAAGAGCUCCAACCCAGGUUCAGACAGUGAGCCCAGUUCCACAGCAUCAGGAAACCAUAAACAACACAGACAGAGGAACUCAAGACAGAAACAUCACCACUGCAUGGACUGCUUCACUAGUUUCUAUGAGCCAGAGGAGUUGAGAAGACACACUUGUAGACCCCACCCCUGUUCAGAAUGCAGAGACAGUUUUAUUUGUCCAAUUCACAUCAAAUCACACCAACAAACUCUCAAAAUAAAGAAGAUGUACCCAUGUGGUCAAUGUGGGAAGAGAUUUCAGACACCAAGCAACUUGAAGAUGCACCAGCUUACUCACACAGGAAAGAAGUCGUACCACUGCUUUCAGUGUAGGAAGACUUUCGGUUGGUCAUUCAAUUUGAAGAGACACCAGAAAAUACACACAGGGGAGAAACCUUUCGACUGCUCCCAGUGUGGAAAGAGCUUCAGUCAGACAGGAGACCUAAAGAAACAUCAGAGAAUACACACAGGAGAGAAGCCGUACCACUGCUCUGAGUGUGGGAAGAGCUUCAGUAUAGAAGCAAAUCUAAAGGAGCACAAGAAAAUACAUACAGGAGAGAAGCCUUUCCACUGCUCCCAAUGUGGAAAAAGCUUCAGUCGGUUAAGAGAACAAAAGAAACAUCAGAGAAUACACACAGGGGAAAAGCCAUACAGCUGUGAUCAGUGUGGGAAGAGUUUCAGUCAAACAGGAGUCCUAAAGAGACACCAGCUAACUCACACAGGAGAAAAGCCUUUCAACUGCUCCCAGUGUGGGAAGGAUUUCAGUCAGUCAUCACUUUUGAAGAGACACCAGCUAACUCACACAGGAGAAAAGCCUUUCAACUGCUCCCAGUGUGGGAAGGAUUUCAGUCAGUCAUCACUUUUGAAGAGACACCAGUUAACUCACACAGGAAAGAAGCCUCACCGCUGCUCUCAUUGUGGAAAAAGUUUUAAAUUGGAAGGAAGCCUUCAGAGUCAUCAGAGAAUACACAAUGGAGAGAAGCCCCACCACUGCUCACAAUGUGGGAAGGCUUUCAGUCAGGCAGUAGACCUAAAGAAACAUCAGAGAAUACACACAGGGGAGAAGUCUUUCCACUGCUCUCAGUGUGGGAAGACUUUCGGUCGGUCAUUAUUUUUGAAGCGACACCAGAGAAGACACACAGGGGAGAAGCCUUUCCACUGCUCACAAUGUGGGAAGACCUUCAGUGAGAAAGGAAAUCUAAAGCAACACCAGAGAAGACACUCAGGAGAGAAACCAUACAGCUGUGAUCAGUGUGGGAUUUGUUUUAAAUGGAAACAAAGCCUGAAGGAACAUCAGGAUGCAAAGCACAGUGCAGUGCCCAACACUGACCUUAUAAUGGAGUUGCCAAGCUGGGCAUCUACAUAUCUAACUAAUAUUGACUGACUAUUUUUGUAAUUAUUCUGUUAAACCUUUUUUAAAUAUAUAUUUGACCUUUUUAACACUUUUAUUUAGACAGACAAAAACACAGGUGGCGACAGGAAAUUGGUAGGGUGGACACAGGAAUUGAAAACCGGUCUCCAGUGGGGAGGAGAGUACAUGCAACUGGCUGGGAGUGUUAACACUAUACAACAGGUUAUUAUUCUGUGACACUUGAAGUUCAUUUUUAAUAUUCUCAUAUGGAAAUGUACUAAAGAGUUAUGGCAUGUGGAUCAUAUCCUCCAGAAAUCCAUUCAGUUUCUAUCUGCAUAAGUCAAUACUUUCUGAACUAAACUUCCAUUAUCUCAAUUCCACCAGCAAGACACACCUCUCGGGAACAUUUUAUGUGCACAUUGAUGUCAUUUCACCAGACUGCACAUUUAUCUGCUUAAUGUAACAGUUUCUCUGGGUGAUUUGUGAUGUUUUACUUGUGCUUCCCGUGACUGUGUUUUUCUAUUUGAAUGUGUAUAUUUAUAUUGUAUUUUACAGGGCACAUUUGGAAAAGAGACCUAGGUCUCAAUAUGUCUUCCCAGGUAAAAUAAAGGUAAAUACAUCACUAAUAAUAAUGACCUGAUUAAAAAGUAGAGGACAGACAUAAGGGAAGGCUGUUGUCUGUAUUAACCAGUGAUCUACUAUAAUGCAGGGUAUAAUGUAAAGUUAAAAUAAAAUAAUGACAAGAUAAGCACGUUUUUAUUCACCAUGCAGACAAUGGGUUCCAUCAGCUUGUUGCUAUGCACAUCCAUCCAUGUCAAUUAUAUGGCAUGCACAGAUUCAUAAGGUCAUCCACCAUCAAUUGACUGUUGGGAUGCCGGGAUGACACGGGAUUCCCCCCCCACACACACACACACACACACUAGAGUACCAUUACAUAUGAACCAUUUUAGAUCUCCUUAACCCAUCAGAGUGUAAGGCCUGUGUAAACCAGGGGAGAGGAGGGGGGGUUCUACUCAGGAUUAUUUAGCUACUUGACUUAGAAUUCUAAGAACCCUUGAUGUAUCAAAGAAUUCUAUCAAACAAUUAUUUGAUGAUAAAGUAUUUUUGGCCUUACUGCUGUUAGUCCAUACAAACACAUUGAAUAACAGAUAGUCCUGACUGCUGUUAGUCCAUACAAACACAUUGAAUAACAGAUAGUCCUGACUGCUGUUAGUCCAUACAAACACAUUGAAUAACAGAUAGUCCUGACUGCUGUUAGUCCAUACAAACACAUUGAAUAACUGUUAGUCCAUACAAACACAUUGAAUAACUGUUAGUCCAUACAAACACAGUGAAUAACUGUUAGUCCAUACAAACACAUUGAAUAACUGUUAGUCCAUACAAACACAGUGAAUAACUGUUAGUCCAUACAAACACAUUGAAUAACAGAUAGUCCUGACUGCUGUUAGUCCAUACAAACACAUUGAAUAACAGAUAGUCCUUACUGCUGUUAGUCCAUACAAACACAUUGAAUAACUGUUAGUCCAUACAAACACAUUGAAUAACAGAUUCACUACAUGGAACAACAGAUUUUUGACUAACCACUCCUUUGAAUGAGUAGUAUUGUGCAAUUAAAUACAUUUGAAUUCCUGUUAAUUUGUUCAAGAUGUCUCUCAUACUGUAUGUUGCAUAAGUAUUGCUUCCACAAUUAUUAAAACCAAAUUGUACAAUGUU